AUGACAACCAAGAAGCGGAUCACAAUUGGGGUUUUGGCCUUGCAAGGCGCAUUUCGAGAACACAUUACCUACUUUACAGAAGUGCUCAGUCGAAAUGAAGAAAAAUACCUCGAUUUUGCAAUCACCAUUAUCGCCGUUAGAGCUGCAGAAGAGCUCCAAAAAACAGAUGCUUUGGUGAUACCUGGAGGCGAGAGCAGCUCGAUAUCCUACAUUGCCGAAAGAACACAUUUACUCCCACACUUGUACGAAUAUGUUGCCGACGAAUCAAAGGCAAUCUGGGGAACGUGCGCCGGUCUUAUAUUCUUAUCACUGCAAAUCCGAAACGGCAUCGAAGACCAGAAAUGCUUGGGAGGAUUGAGCGUUGAAGCAAUCAGAAACGCGUUUGGCCGCCAGCUAGACUCGUUUAUUGAAACUCUCGAUUUCAGCAACUUCAUCCCAGGGUGUGACAACUUCCCCACCGUGUUUAUCCGAGCCCCCGUUGUUAGCAAGGUCUUGACAACGGAAACCGAAAACAACCCCGCCAAAGUGAUACGGUCUGAAAACAAGUACAGAAACCAGAGCAAAGUGCAAAUACUACAUCUGUUGGACAACUUUGACGGCAAGAAUAACGAUUUGAUAGUCGCGGUUCGUCAAGGGCGUAUUCUAGGGACCUCUUUCCACCCCGAAUUGGCCGACGACUGCAGAUUCCAUGAAUGGUUCAUCGACGAGUUUGUAGUGAAAAGAGCGUAA